AUGGACGCGUAUUGCAAUAAAGUCCGACGCCUGGAGGAAAAAUUCGACGGCCUCGAGCUUAACCACGUACUAAAGAAGUACAAUGAGGCCGCCGACGCGCUCGCCAAAAUGGCAUUCGAGUGGGCCAUGGUCCCUCCGGAUGUCUUUGUCAGCGACCUCUACAAGCCUUCCGUUGACUACAGAGACGACGGGGGCUCGGAUCCGCCCCCGGUUAACCCGGGUCUUGACCUCGAGUCCACCGUGGCUCCCGAGAUAGAGGCCAUGGACAUUGAGUCCGAGCCUCCCGCGCCCGACGACUUGCUAGACUGGCGCUACCCACUGCUGCAGCGCCUUGUCGACGGCACCUUGCCCCCCAGACCAAGCUGA